CAGUGAGUAUCUGUACUGGUCUGUAGGGGCUGUGACGAUUUGGCAGUACAUACAACGAGUAACUACCCCGAUCACGGCGAAGCGAUAGUCAAAGUGAGGUGGAUCCACUUGUAGUUCAGCAACUCACCAUUGAGUCGACUUAGGAACAAGGUGCAACAAGAAUUUCAUUUGCCCAAGGCGGGUGAAUGAUGAGACCACCAGCCACAGCUACCGACUACAUUGGGAAAAGCUGUGAGUGUCAUCUAUACAUGGAAGAACACUGUCCACAUCAUCAGAAUAGAUCAAGCAUGGCGAAGGAAACAAAACAGCGACGACACAAAGACAAUAACAAGACGUCAAAGACAGGACAUAGUAAGAGAAAACGUUACACAAAAACUCGAUGCAAAAACCGGAGUCCUGCGUGUUUGGUGCGUAUUAAGAAAAACCGCCGACUGAAGGCGAACGAUCGCGAACGGAACCGAAUGCACACAUUGAACGAAGCUCUAGAUGGAUUACGCAACGUCCUUCCGAAAUUCCCAGAUGACACGAAGCUCACAAAAAUCGAAACUUUGCGAUUUGCACAUAACUAUAUAUGGGCCCUGUCUCAGAUGCUAAAGUUGAUUGAAACAGAUCCAAACGAUUGUCAGCCGGAUGUGACGAUAGAAUGGGAACCAAAAGAUUUCAUACAAACUGCUCACGACAUGAACUUUUUUACAUCAAAAAUAGCUACAUCGAUAACGCUGCCGACGUCGACAACAACGGCGUCGUCAUCGUCUGAAUCGCCUUUGCACACACCCUCAACGCCGUUGUCGUCAGUAAGUUCUGACAGCACGAUGUCAGACGAUGAUUGUUUGUCGCCAUGAAGUCCCAACAAGACAAGUUUGUACAUUCAGGACAGAAUAAAUCUUUCUAAAGUGCUGCUGAUUUUACGUAUAGACAAAUAGUGUUCUAUUAGACAGAGACUAUAAUAGACAUUAUAUGAAGCGUUUGUAUUAUUUAUUUAUUUCUGAAAAAACAAAACAAAACAAUGAGUCAGUUGUACGAACACAUCCAAGUUAUUCCAAUCUGUGUUGCUGAAUUGAAGAACAAUUUUAAAACAUUUGGCAAGAUUUAACGAUCCUGUUUUCUGUCAGACACUAUGGGCCUUGUGAAAACAAUGAAAGAGGAUGUUGACUUAAUUGUGCAUUGUAUCGUAUUGAAGGGCGACUUGCAAUAAAGACAUCAUAAAGAAAA